CAGACCCGAAUUUGAGCAUCAAUAAUAUUCCAGGAUUCAUAGGCCGGAUUUGGUUUCAUAACCGGCGGUUCAUCCUUGCCAGGUGCCGCAGCCUUCUCAUCAAGGACAAAAGACGGAGGAGAUGGUUCAGACCCAUCCACAUAGCCGAGAAGACGAUGAGCGAGAAGAUUUGCACGGACGGUAGCCGACCAAGAGGGAUAAUUGGUGUCAUCAAGCUUGACCGGGGUGAGAGAUUGAAGAUUCCGGACAAACAACUUGAGACCCGUAGGAAGACGAUCCAUAGGAUCAGACGAGGAAGAGGCCAUGGCUGUGCACGGCGUGAUCGACAGUGGAGGAAUCGGCUCUGCCGAUUUUUUUCGGUGAUUAGCGCAGCAAAGGAAGAGAGAGCAAGGACGUUAUGCACUGGGCUGCGAGGACAUUAUGCACUAGGGCAGAAUGCAGUAAGUUCAACCGUUGCAGAAACCCUUGUUGCAAACGCACUCAUCCAACAGAAGUUCAGUUCCAAUGCUCUGCAGUGGACUUUGCAACAAAAGUAUUGCAACAGACAUUCCCUUGCUACAUUUUGCAACGUUUCAACACAUCAUUUAGAGGUAGACAUGACGGUGCGGAUGCUAACCCUGGAGGACAGCGAUGGUGGGAAGAUGGGCGGCGCAUGGACAAGAAUAAACAUCUUCAUCAAAAGUAUGAAGGAAGCUUUGAAACUAUGUGGGGAGUCUGAGGUAGGGGAUAAGACCAAGACCUAUGUUAGACGUGAGGAAAAAGGAUCAGUUUCUAUUACUUUUGAGAAUGAUUUUAAGGAGCUACAGGCCCAGGGAGGAAAGGAAGAUCAGUUGGUGCAAUCUAUUUCUUCAGAGCUGUUUGAGCAGGACAUUGCCUUGGCGGAAAGGGAAGUCAUAAUACCAGAAGAUGGUUCUUAUACUGUACCAGAGGAAGAAAUGAUGAUACAAAGGCUAUUUCAAGCAGCCUUUGAUGCAUAUUUUGAUACCGUCUUCUCAGCAGUAGUGUGCCAAAUCAAAGAGGCAUUAGCUAAGAAAUUGGUGUUGGAAAAACUCAAAAUGGGUCUAGUUCACAACAUGUCGGGGAAGACAAUGAGAGCAACUCGAGAAACAGUAAAAAGCGUGGAGAAGGUGCGAAUGGCCCAAAUAGAAGGAUCUAAAUUCCCAAUUUUCAUUUCAUUUUGCAGAGCUGAUGAACAGCUGGUUGCCGAAUUCCUCUCAGGAGAUGAGGGUGAAGAUCCCCCAAUUAGCUCCGUUUAAAUCGGCUCAUAAUCUGAGUUGCUGGGCUUAGCUUUUGUUAUAGUUCUACUAUGGCUUUUGCUUCUUGGAUUGCACUGAUGAUAGUCUUAGGUCUGGUGUGUCUCUUGUUGCUUUGGUUAUUCGGUCUACUCUUGAAUCAACAAUUUUGCUGCCUUAUUAUUCGGUCUUCUCUUGAAUCAACAGUUUUGCAUACU